AUGAUGUAUACAAUUUUUUGCAAUAAGAUAAGAGACUGAUAAAACUAGCGAAGGAGGUGGAAAUCAUAUAUCUAGACAAUAUUAUUGAAUGCCCUAUUGCUGCUUCAAGUUCAUUAAUAAAUAGGUGGCCUUCAAGAUGUCGUAGAAUCAAUCAGCAAGAUUGUGGAUGAAGAGUUGUGUAGAUAAACAACAUUAUCUUGAUAUCUGAAUCAUGGUCAAUUGUUUCUGUUGAACUAGAUAACUCAAGUGUUAGAGGAAGAAUUCAAGUAUUGUUCUAUGCUGCAAAUAUUGUAAGAAUAAUACAUUUGAAUUUGCGCCUAUGCUUUUAUUAGGGUAUUCUUUAUGUACUUAAAUAUACAUUAACUAACUUCUUGAAAACAUAAUUCAGGUCCAAUUACACAAUCUAAACAACAACUUAUGAAUUCCUGUUUAUGUAUCAAUAGAAAAGUUAGCUCUCAAAUGUGUAUUAUACAAAUUAAAGAAAAAAUUGGUUGCUAUUAUUAUUCAUUAAAUUUGCAUCUCUGAAAUAGCUGAAAUCAUAACAUCAAUAAUAUAUUAUAAAUGGAUUUUCAAAAAGGUCACCAAAGGAGAUGUUGAAUCAAAUCUCCUUUAAAAUGUUAUCAUACACGAAUGUGUUAAAUAUUCUGAAGUUUAAUUUGUGCCACUCUAUUUGA